GCAUUAGAGAAGAUGAGAGGUGUUUAUGAACGGAACCCUCAGAUGGGAGACCCAGCCAGUCUAGAACCUCAGAUCACCCAGACCUCGCAGAACGUUGGACGACUCAGAGGACAACUCACCAAAUACGAGUCGUGGCUGGCUGAAGUUUUCAGAGGAGAUGAUUCUACCAACACUGCUGUCAACAACAAUCAACACUGUUCCAUGUCAGCUGAUCCGUCUCAGAACAUCUACUCAGAGUUUGAUGAAGACUUUGAUGAAGAUGUGGAGACUCCUAUAGGAAAGGCUACUGCCCUCUACACCUUCCAAGGUUCCAGUCAGGGGACAGUGUCUAUAACAGAAGGGGAACAGCUCAGUGUGAUGGAGAGAGAUAAAGGAGAUGGAUGGAUGAGGGUUCUACGAGCCAACGGAGACGAAGGAUACAUCCCCUCAUCCUACGUCAAAUUCUAGACAAUAACACACACACACGUAUACACACGGAUACACACAUGGAUACACACAUGGAUACACACACUCUCCUUUUAGCCAAGGACUUCCUGUGUGUUUAAGCAUUACCACCCCCUCUACCUCUCUCUCCCUCUCUCUCUCUCUCUCUCUCCCUCUCUACCUCUCCCUCUUUACUUCUCUCUCUCUCUACCUCUCUAC